CCCCGGCUAUUUAUGGAGCCCCCGAUCCAUGAAGCCAGGGCACACGCCGACGCCGAUCGAUCGAGCUAGCUCCCACUUGCAGUCCUCCGUCCCGCCCGCCGCGCGCGCUUCAGCUUGGGUUGGAGAUCCGUGAUCCAUGGCUGCUGAGUUGACCAUGCAGACUGUUGUCCUCAAGGUGACUAUGUCAUGCGAGGGUUGCGCCGGGGCGGUCAGGAGAGUGCUCUCAAAGAUGGAAGGAGUUGAGACCUUUGACAUAGACCUCAAGGAGCAGAAGGUGACAGUCAAAGGCAAUGUCAAGCCUGAAGAUGUCUUCCAGACGGUUUCCAAGUCGGGGAAGAAGACCUCCUACUGGGAGGGCGAAGCCACAGCACCGUCUGCUCCGGCUCCAGUAGCAGAAGCAGCUCUCAGCACCGAGGCAGAAGCGCCUGCCGCGGAGGCUGCACCAGAGAUCACCCCAGUCAAGCCUGACGCUUGAUCAUCACAUGAGAUGCUGUGACCCCUAAACCUUACUCUAGAACUAGCUGGGAAAACCGAGUCUUGUGCGAUUUGCAUCAUGUUAUUGCCACUCUAGCAAGUGAUUGCGAAUUAUAGAAUAAAUGAUGAAACCCAGUAUGUCCGUACGUUUGUGUGAUUUCAAGAUGAACACAUCCCUUGCGA